AUGGUCGGCCCUACAGCUUCCUUGUCGAAUCUGCACCGAGCAGAUGGAUCUGCCUCCUACAAAUGCCCAGUCACAGGAUACGAUGUGCUUGGUGCUGUAAAUGCGCCCAUCGAGUUACCAGCCCGAAAGGACGCCCUCAAGCCAGAAGAUGCCACCAUUGAAGUGUUUGUCAAGCCUGGGCAGGCUACAGCAGGAGUUGGGGAGCGAUAUGUGGAGAGAAUCCUGCGCACAAUGCUCGAGAAAGUAAUUCUCGGACGGGAGAAGGGACUCCCACGUCGGGGAGUUGUCGUCACAUUAGCAGCUGUUGGAGGCUCGGCUCCAGAACGCGGUGAUUCCUAUAUCACCAUCCUCCCAGCUCUCCUCCACGCCUCAUUGCUCGCCUUAAUCUCCGCCGCCGUUCCCUUGUCCAUGACCUUCGCUACAACGUUGCUCGGUGUGACCCGUUCUGGUCAAAUCAUUCGCGACCCAUCACCAGCUGCUGCAAAAACUGUCGCAUCUAUUCAUGCCCUCACCUUCUCUUCGAAGGGGCAUCUCUUGUUAAGUGAGAGUCAGGGUCGCUUUGAUUUUGAGACAUGGGAAUUGGUGCGGCAAGAAGCUGCUUCUAUCUGCCGCGCAGUCGCGACCACCGGUUCUGACGGUGACACCGCCAUGGGUGAGGGAGCCGAUGGUGCCCACGUGGAUGCGUUUGUUCGUGAAACUGUGGAGGACAGCCUUCACCGAGAUUACACCUGGAAACUCGAAUCGGCCUAA